AUCGGGCUCGGGAGACACUAACCAAAUUAUGAUUAUUUGGAAAGUACUGUUAAUUAAUUAACCAUGUUAACCAACGAUGGCUAUAAUUUCAUUUCUGUUUUAAUCAUAUAUUUCAUGGAAUCCAACCAUUAUUUGUAAAGCAAAUCGCUCCAUUACACUAUAGAUUAAAACAUUAACGCAUUUUCGGGUGAUUAGUCCAACCCAACUUGUCUGCGUGGAGAGUCACUUUGGAACUCGGUCUUAGUUUAAUCACUGAAGAUAAAUUAGAUGACAUGGCAGACGUGAAACAAGCAAUAGACGACUGGGUUUUAGAAUAUUCAGUGAAGAACCACCUAAAUACAGUUACUGAGGCAGCACUUUCCAGGUACAAUGCCAGGUUAUCUGCCCUUGAAUUACCAGACGUCCAGCUGGCUUGCAGUACAGUACAUGACAUAAUUGAUACAGCAUUGUCAGAUCCGAAGAAGCUAGAACUAGCUGUAGAACUGUUGGACUUCAUUUAUGUGUCUUGUCCUGAAGCUGUUGUGUUCAAACUUUAUUCAAAACUGGUGGUGGGCCUUAAAAUGCUGAUUUUACUGCAAAUGUUGAAGAACAAAGAAAAGGACUGUCUAGCAAUGCUUAUGAAGUAUUUUCCUCGCACUAAGCCAGAUUAUCCAGGAGUGUGUCCACUAGAAUUGUCCCGUCUUCACAUGGUUCACAACAAUUUUCGGAAGUUUUACCUCCCUUUGUUGGCAAACUGUAAACAAGCAGAAGCAUAUUUCCGAGAGGAAUUUUCAGACGAAUAUGGAAAUGAGUUCCAUGAGGCACUGAAGAAAAUGUGCACUUGGUUUGUUGACAGAAUUCAAAGUAAAUUUCCAAAGCCCAUGUUAAGCAAGAUAAUGGAAAAUCCAGGUUUUCUGAGCGAGUUCCAAAAUUCUCCCGACAUUCAGAUUUUACUGGACAUGGUUCAUGGCAAGACCAGUUUGACCUCUGGUGACCUUCUGGAAAUGUUGACCAUGGUGGACCCUGUGAAUACACAGGACAGGAUUCAGGUUCCUGAUACAUUUUCUCUAUCACCAAGGAGAAUUAGAUGUGAUUGUGAAGAGAAAGAUGUACAUACAAGUGUAAAUUACCUAUCCAAAAAUCAAAACAAUCAUUGUUACAGACAAGAGCAGAAGAAUUCUGCCAGGAUUUUGUCACAAGAGAGUGACACUAACCAUAGAAGCUCUAAUCAAUCUUUGUGUAGUUCAUCAUUAGGAAAUGAUGUUUUUGGAAAUGAUUAUGUCACAAUUGCCAAAUCUCAGAAAUCACCAGAUUCAACCGCCUCACCUUCAAAUUCUAGCAAAGAGACAAAUCAUAAGAAAUCGAAAAAGAAAUUACAUGCAGAUGGAGAGUUGCCUCUAAAGUCUAAUGAGGGAUCCUCUUCAAGUGGGACAGUGUUGUAUGAGGACUCUUUGGACUGUGGGGUCACCCCAUCACCUUUGGAGUAUGAUUGUUCAGUGGAACGAAGAGACAUAUCUGAGACUAGUGACACAAGAAAUGUACUUGGAGUAUUUAGGGAAGAAAAAAACUUACCUGUUGUGUCUCUGGAAGAUCUGGGUGAUGAAGGAAUGUCUGUGUCUGACAUCGACCAGUUCUCAGAUGAAGACAACCAGGUGGAUAUAGAAGAGUUGACAAUUGACUCCUCUGGCAAUGAUACCGGCACACAUCAUUACCAGGUGCCAGAUAUCUGCCGCCAUCACAGACAAAGAGUAACCCCUCUGUGUGUUGUCAAGUUGUAUAAAUCUCAGGUCUUCCAGAAACACAAUAUUUACUGUUGAAGUAGAGGGAAAGUAGUUCUGAUGACCUAAAGACUUAUCUGUUGGUCUCUGUAGGAGUCUGGUGAUUUUCUGUUGAAGAAUUGUUCUUUUAGUGAUUAAAUAAAUAUUUAUUUAUAGCAAUCAA